AUGCCCGUUCGUGAAGUACCCGAAGCCGAGAUCCAGUCUUACAUCAACUCUCUUACGAGCGCCGGUGGCAAGAACAGCUACGGGACCCCUUCAACACUUACCAAACUCAAUUUCAAGCCCUAUUCCCGAUCUACUUUGCAGCAGCCUGUCUCGACUCGUCAUGCUGAAGAGCAUACUUCGGUACCGUGGGCUCCUGGGGUUGCUCGAUCUCCCGCUUGGCUCGAGCCCGAUAUGGCCACUCAAGGCAGCAGCCGCCAUAGGCAGGAUAUGCGCAGGUGGAGUGAAGAGCAGCGCGGGCCACGCCGAGCAGAGGAAGCAGUGAUGUCCAAUUCGCAGGGAGGACGGGCAGAGCUUGGGGGACGACAGUCCGGCGCCGGCUCAUUGGCUCCUGCUAUCAAGAGAGAAGACGCCGAUGAGGAUGAUGAUUCCUUCGAGACGAUCGAAGAAGACUCGCUUGAUAGCGGUGACGAAGCGUCAGACACUCUCAGCACUGGACGGUCGGGCAUCAAGAGGGACGACUCCGAUGGCGAGGAUGAUUCCGUCGAGGCGAAGCAUGAAGAUGCGCUUAGCGGCGAUGAAGCGUCAGAUACUCCCGGCCCUCGACGGUCGGGUAUCAAGAGGGAUGGCGCCGAUGGCAGGGAGGAUUCCGUCGACUUGAAGGAUGAAGAUGCGCUUAGCGGUGAGGAAGAGUCAGACACUCCCAGCCCUGGACGACUGGGCAACAAGAAGGAAGAAGCCGAUGGGGGGGAGGAAUACGUCGAGAUGGGGGAUGACGACGCGCUUAGCGGUGAUGAGACUUCAGACACUCCUAGCCCUGGACUGUCGGUCCUGAAGAGGGAAGACUCUGAUGGGGAGGAGGAUUCCGUCGUGAUGAGCGAUGAUGACGAGCUUAGCGUGGAUGAAGAAUCAGACUCUCACAGCUCUAGACGGUCGGUCACCAAAAGGGAGCACGCAGAUGGGGAGGUCGAGUCCCUCCAUACGAGCAAUGAACACCGACCUGACGUGGCCGAAAGUCCAAGUGCGCCCAGCCCUGUGAAGUCCGACAUCGCCGCCAGCCCGACCAUCGAGCCUGCGAGAAAAAAGCCUUCGCGAAUCCUGACAAGGUCGAGGGCGAACCCUCAGGUCGGAGAUGGUUUGGCUGAGCAGCUCGAAAAUGACGCUUUGUGGGAUCCCCGCUUCUUGCUCGGCGCUGCGGGAGCGCACACAAGGGUUACCGACGGAUCAACCCAGGAGAGCGUUCAGUACUCGUCCCGUACUGCCACAAACUCGGCCGCCUUUGAUCCAAGCCAGAUCAGUGAAGUGUAUGCGAAUGACACACAACCAUCUGCAGAGCGGGACGCAGCGUUAUGUCUCUUCGCCAGCACACCGAAGAAGCGGGAUGAUCUUAGCUCGUAUGAGCCUGGUAUGCAGCGGUUUUGGGCGCUGUACAGAGACAGUGCCGGCAACAUCGACGAGACAACAAGGCAGUUCAUGCAAGAGGUGAUGACUGCUUCCGAGCGGAGUAUGGACAGAUCUAUACCCGUGAAGAAGAGAACAUCAAACCGGAGGGCCUGGAUACGAGGUUCGGUGAGGCAGCACCUCGAGCGCAUGCUCGCCGGAUCUGCCCAUGAGCCACCCAAAGUACCUGUCAAGGUCACGAAGCGGCGGAAGGCUGGUCUCACGGGCACAUACAUCAACAGUACUAUCCUAGGCGAUCCCGUCAGGUUCCUAGCGCGACUGAAGGUGCUGGGGUCCGAUGGUGCAGCCCACGCUAUCGACAGCUUGGUGGAUGAGGCGUGGUUUGAGAGCCAAGUCGGAGAAAUCCCGGAUCCCGGCGUUGCGGAUCUACGGACUUCCAACAAAAUCCGAAGGCGGCGCUUCAGAUUUCGAGAGGCAGCGAUCGAGCACAUGUCACAAGAGCUCGCCUUCGUGCAGGAGGACAGUGCCCAGCUUGCCGAGAUCAGAUCGGAGCUGCAGACGCGUACUUUUGGUACUGCCAAGGCAACUCUGAUGGAUACUUACAUCAACGGUAGCGUCCUCGGCGAUCAAUCCAGACUUCUAGCGCGACUGCGGACGUCGGAGUCCGAUAAUCCAGCGGGAGCUAUCGACAGCCUGGUGCAUGAAGCAUGGCUCGAGAGUCAAGCCGGAGAAACCCCGGAUCCUGGCUCUGUGGAUAGACGUGCGUCCGACAGGAUUCGAAGGCGGCAUUUCAGAUUCCGUCAGGCGGCGAUGAAGCAUAUAUCGCAAGCGCUCCACCGCGUGGAAGAGGACAAUGAUCAACUCGCCGGGAUCAGGUCAGAAUUGCAGGCACGCCUUCUCGCUACCUCGAAGCUGGCGCAAGAGGAGUAG